AUUGUCCGAAGGUGGAGACUAUAAAAAGGUAUGUGUUUCGUACUGAACACCACUCAAGGAAAAACUUAGUACUGGAACAGUCAAAAGAUUUUGAGAAUGAUUGGAAGAAUAAAACUGCUUGUACUUUUAUGUAUUUUCGGUACAACUCUAUCUUUACGUAUACCAUACAACAAAAGACAAUCGGCAUGUGCAGAUAUGAGCAUUACAACAGACAAGACAGAUGGUUAUAAAGUCUUGUCCGACUAUGGUAUAACUAUUGACGACUCGGAAAAUAUCAAAAUUAAGUUGAAGAUCAAGGCCAGUCAUGAUGCCGAAAUCGCCUUAAUGUCAACAGACAAUACCAACGAUCCCUUGUAUAAAAUUGUUCUAGGGGGAUCAGGUAACACUGUGUCAAUGAUCCAAGCUGGUAAAAAUGGAAAAAUAAAAGCGUUAUUUCAUGGUGCAGUUUUAAAUCAAGACGAAUUUAGCGAAUUUCUAAUAACUUGGAAAAACAACAAGAUCAAAGUCAAAAAUGGAGAUAAAAUUAAAAUCUUGCAAUGGAAAGAUAAAAAAAAUCCAUUGAAUGUAGUUAACGUUGGAAUAGCCACAAAAGACUCACAGAGUGGAGUAUGGUUGUUUCCUUGCAAUCAAGGACAGUGUGAUGUAGCAGCUGAAUUUGAAUGUAAAAAGGGUUCGACAUGUAUUCCUGUAAAUGAAAGAUGUAAUGGUAUCGCCAAUUGUUUGGACGGAAGUGACGAAUGCGGAUGUGAUGAUAAACCGAAUCCAAGCCCAACUCCAGAGACAUGUCCUUCUGAUGAACUAGCAUGUGAUAACGGCGAGGGAUGUUAUCCUAAGGACUGGAAGUGUGAUGACAUUAAAGACUGUGGUGAUAAUUCAGAUGAAGAGAACUGUGAAGCCAAAUCAACCCCAGCUCCAACCAGUGUUCCAGGUGAGUGUUCAGAAGGAGAGUUUAAAUGUGACACUACAGAGGAAUGUUUUGUUAACUCCUGGAAGUGUGAUGAAGUAACGGACUGUAGUGAUGGGUCUGACGAGGCGAAUUGUGAAGACAAAUCAACCCCAGCUCCAACCAGUGUUCCAGGUGAGUGUUCAGAAGGAGAGUUUAAAUGUGACACUACAGAUGAAUGUUAUGUUAACUCCUGGAAGUGUGAUGAAGUAACGGACUGUAGUGAUGGGUCUGACGAGGAGAACUGUGGAGACAAAUCAACUCCAGUUCCAACCAGUGGUCCAGACAAUUCAACGCCAGUUCCAACGUCCGGACCUACUAGUGCUCCAGGUGGAUGCAGUGACGGAGAAUUUAAAUGUGACACCACAAAUCAGUGUUUUGUCAACUCCUGGAGGUGUGACGAUAUCAGCGACUGUGAUGACGGAUCUGAUGAAAAAAAUUGUGCAACUAAUGCACCAGUUACUCAAGCACCAACGGAUUGUACAUCUGAAGCAGACAAAUGUAAUGGUUAUGCAGACUGUGUUGAUGGAUCUGAUGAAGAUAGUACAAUGUGUUCAAAAUUCAAUUGCCCUUCAGGUAAAAGCAAAUGUAGUGACGGAUUGACAUGUAUUUCUGACUCAGCCAAGUGUGACGGAUACCAGGAUUGUCCAGCUGGGGACGAUGAAGCCAACUGUGCAGCUGCAACCUGCUCUAGUAAACAGUUCAAGUGUCCUAACAGUUUCUGUCUUGCUAAAAGCGGUAAAUGUAAUGGAAUUCCAGAAUGCCCCAAUGGUGAAGAUGAGAAUGGUUGUUCGGGAUGUCCAAAAUCCACACAAAAAAGAUGUAGUGACGGUUCAAUGUGUGUACUAAAAGCUGAAUCAUGCGAUGGAUUCACAGACUGUUCUGAUAAAUCGGAUGAAGCUAACUGUGGAUCUAACCCAAGCAGAAGAAUGACAUUGAAGAGAUUCCAGAGACUCUUAACUCAUUUGAAAUCCAGAAAUAAAAGAUCACCAAAUCACCAGACAACUGCACAGAAAGCUCUAAAGAAAAUGGACCAAGUAAAGAGGAAUAUCCAUGAGGCACUAAGACGAGAAAAGAGUGAGGGUGUAAAGAGACAUCAGAGAGCUAUGAAGGCAAGACAUGAAUCACUUCAGAGGCAGCUGGUAGAGAGACGGAGAAACCUAGCUAUGACCAGUAGGCAUUCUAUGGAGAGGCGUCAUAGACAGAGUCCAACCCAUUAAUCAAAGACUAAUUUAAACCGAUUUGAUCUAAUCACAAGUUAAAUAUUUCUGCUACCGUCAUGAUUUCUCUAAACCUUACUAUUAAAGAUUAAUAUUUGAGUAAA